GGCACCAGCCCACCCUCAGGGUGACCCCCCCCCUUGUGGGAGGGCUGUCCCCACCCCUGCUGCCCCGGUGGUCCCUGCUCAGCCAGCCCCCUCUCUCGCUUCCUCCCUCACUGCCGCUUCCUUCAGCUCCCUCUGUUCUAAUUAGUUCCUUUUGCAGCUGGAGGAUCCUCGUGGGGCCUGGGUCAUGCGACCACCUCUUUGAGGGCUCCCUUUGCGGACCCAUGCAGGUGGGCGUGUCACAGGGCGUACCCAGCCUACCCUGAGUGAGCUCUGUGAGGUGCAGCUAGCUCAGCGAUUGCAGCUGCACAGUCAGAACAGGGUGUGAGGCACUCAGCCAUCCCGACCAGUAGGGAAACUGAGGCCCUGUUGGUUUCCCCAGCAAGGUUGGGAUAGUGAUGGGCUGUGUGCUCACUGCCCCUUGACACUGCAUCCGUGAACUGGAAAAUAGGUGGGCCCCUACCCCUGCGAACCACUCAUCUCCAGAACUCUAAGGGCAAGCAGCUGGGUUGUGGCUGGGGAGGCAGCUUCACCUUUUCUGGGUCCCCCCCCCACACUGUCCUUGUUCUAAGCAUUUAAAUCUGGCUCUGGAGGGGCUGAACCGCAGAGGCUGUUUGGAAGAGUGGGGGACCUGCCCCUCACUUGCACCUUCACCUAGCUCAGUAACAAAGAGCUAAAAAAGAGCGAAGCUGAGCUCAGACUGGCUGAUGCUGGUUGGGAAUGGGAACAGGGAGAGGUUGGCCAAGGUCAGAGCAUGAGUGGGGUCAUAGGCCGUCUACUCCCUGGGGGGCUAUGGGUAGGGAAACUAGUGAGACUCCUUGGGGCGGCUCCUUCCUCCUUUCCCAGGAGGGGCUGCGGCGCCUGGGCUGGGUUCUGGCUUCCAAAAAUGACCCCCUACCUCCCUUGGCAGAACCCAGGGACAGGAAGUGAAGGGGUGUCCCUGGAGACUGGGUCAGCUAAUGGGGGGGCAGUGAUUGGCGUCCCCUUUCCUGCAAUGAGUGCUCCACCCAGGGAGGGCUCCUGCUGGGGCCUCUCCAGUCCUAGGUGAACACCGCACUGUUCCGUGGGGUCCCCAGAACCUGGUGACACACCAGUGGCUCCUCCUAGGCUCCCUCUGGCGGGAGGACAACAUGGGACAGGAGCAGGUGCCAAAGGAUACUGCUGGGUUGGCACUCUGACUACGAGUCAGCACUUGGGUUUUCUAGCUCAGGCGCCAUGCCAGUGAUCUUCUUUUUUCCACGGUGGGUAUUGGGGGCAGGGAGGCCUGUGGCCUUGGGCCAGAAGAGGGACCAGGCCACCAGCCCUUCCUGGCUCCUGAAUUCUUAAUCAGCAUAAAUAUUUACUUCCUUCCUCCCCUUCCAGGCUCCCAGCAUAGAGCAGCUUCAGGGAGGUUGGACUGGGCCAGUGUCUAAAAAUAAACAGGUAGAGAGACAGACAGACAGACAUAAUGGGCUGCAGGUCAAGCAGAGGGCAGCCUUUGCCUAGACAGGAAUGGACAAGCAGGUCCAGGACCACCCAUCACUGUCACCUACCCAUCUACCUAAGAGGGUCACCAAGGUGUCAGUGGGGACAAAUGCAUCUGACAACUUCAGUGGGGACAAGUGUGGACCCAAAUCUCAGUCAGGAGGGGCUUCCUGUGCUCCAGUAAAGCAGCCUUGUGUGCCCAGCUCCCAUGGAGCCACUGUAGUGGGAGCUGGGGCUAUGUCCUCACAAGCAGUAUCUCAGGCCAAGGAAGGGAAUGCCCUGAAGGGUGGAGCUUGUGGAAGGCGAUGGGAAGCAUGUGCAGGGCUGGGAUGCAAGUGAGGACCAGGUGAAGCUGCCUUAGAGUCUUGGCUUGGAGAAGAGAUGGUUGGGAUACAGUGGCUGUCCGCUGCCUUGCUCACCCUGUAAGGGCACUUUUCUGGUUGCACAUGGCUCCCACAAGCCCCCACUGAUACACUCAAUACACUGCUCCAAGUGUUUCCCAGGCAGUGGCUUUCCAGCCAUGGCCACUUUUUUUUUUUUAUUAAAUACAGUGGUAGAAUCCUAUAGCGUGGUUGUUUAGUAAAAAUAUUCUCAAGGUGUGACAAUCUGAAAGUGAACAAAGGUAGGGGAAACGAGGGGGUUUCUCAUGGGCAGAGAGACUGCUGCUGGAAAAAUUAAGUGAGUUUGGUGUUUUAGAGCUGGCCAUGUUCUUAGGUCAGUGGAGCCUGUGAGUCCACCCAUGGAUAUGAAGAUUACAACAGUCAGAAAUUGUACAAACUGGAGGAAUAUCACAGUAUGGAGUUAUAAGAAUAUUGUUACAGCUUUUUUUUUUUUUUUUUUUUAAAUACUAUCUGCUGUCCUUUCCUGGUCCUGACAGACUCUGCAUGGCUGGCGUGGCCACAGCCCUCAGCCGCCCCCUGGUGGCUUGUGAAGGCCUAACCUCUGUCUUACCUGAAGGUUCAGUCCUUAUCUUGGCCCACUCCCACGGCCAAGUUUUGCACAGCCUGCCUGGGACAGGCCCUCAGCCUGCUUCCCUUAGAGGUGACAUAGUUCCCUGCCCUCAGCAGGCACUUCUGGCAUAAUGGGUGCUUCAUUGGCUACUGAGGAAUGCUACCUACAUCUUGGAGGAUGUUUGUUGCUCCCCAGCCUGCUUUUAGGUUUCUGAAUUCAGACUGGCAGGCUUCCCAAUCUAUCAGCAGUGACAGCUGGGACUUAGCCAGUUAGUUCCUGGGAGAUGUAGCUUCAAGUCUAGCUGUUCUGCCAGCUUGUGAGUUCUGUCACUGGGACCAGUAUUCUCACUGUUAAAUGGAGACCACAGACUUGGCCUAUCCCAAAGGUCUAUGGGGAGUGGCAGUGGAAUCUUGCACUGUUUAGAUGCUGACUCUCCAUGAUAUGCGUGAGUCAGGCCAUUCAGGAUGUUGUCUCUACUCCUCUGCUGCUUCGAGUUUUACGGUAUAGCUAAGGAGAAACCUAAGGUUACAGUGUCACCGCACAGCUUGUGUCCUUCCCCAGGUUCCUGCCUGAAGACCAGCUGGGUACCCUCUCUGACCCUCCACAUCACCAUGCACUCCUUGGACGAGCCGCUUGACCUAAAGCUGAGCAUCACCAAGCUCCGGGCGGCGAGAGAGAAGCGGGAAAGGACACUGGGUGUGGUCCGGCAUCAUGCUUUGCAUAGGGAGUUGGGCCUGGUGGACGAUAGCCCCACGCCUGGCUCCCCAGGCUCCCCCCCACCAGGCUUCCUGCUGAACCCCAAGUUCCCUGAGAAGGUAGAUGGACGCUUUUCCACAGCCCCCCUGGUGGACCUCAGCUUAUCACCACCGUCUGGACUGGACUCCCCAAAUGGCAGCAGCUCCCUGUCCCCUGAGCGCCAGGGCAAUGGCGACCUGCCGCCAUUGCCUACUGCUGCGGAUUUCCAACCACUUCGCUAUUUGGAUGGUGUCCCCAGUUCUUUCCAGUUCUUCUUGCCCCUGGGCUCUGGGGGAGCUCUGCACCUACCUGCUUCCUCCUUCCUCACGCCCCCCAAGGACAAGUGCCUCUCACCAGAGCUGCCCCUGGCAAAGCAGCUGGUGUGUCGAUGGGCCAAGUGUAACCAGCUCUUUGAGCUCCUCCAAGACCUGGUUGACCAUGUCAAUGACCACCAUGUCAAGCCGGAACAGGAUGCUCGGUACUGCUGCCAUUGGGAGGGCUGUGCCCGCCACGGCCGUGGCUUCAAUGCCAGCAGGUACAAGAUGCUCAUCCACAUCCGGACUCAUACCAAUGAGAAGCCACACCGAUGCCCCACCUGCAACAAGAGCUUCUCCCGCCUGGAGAACCUGAAGAUCCACAACCGCUCCCACACAGGUGAGAAGCCCUACGUCUGCCCCUACGAGGGCUGCAACAAGCGUUACUCCAACUCGAGUGACCGAUUCAAGCACACCCGUACCCACUACGUAGACAAGCCCUACUACUGCAAGAUGCCUGGCUGCCACAAGCGCUACACGGACCCCAGCUCACUGCGCAAGCACAUCAAAGCCCAUGGCCACUUUGUGUCUCAGGAGCAGCAGGAGCUCCUACAGCUGCGCCCACCCCCGAAACCACCACUGCCCACUUCCGACAGUGGCUCCUAUGUCAGUGGAGCUCAGAUCAUCAUCCCCAACCCUGCUGCCCUUUUUGGAGGUCCCAGUCUACCUGGCCUGCCCUUACCCCUGGCCCCUGGUCCCCUUGACCUCAGUGCUCUGGCCUGUGGCAAUGGUGGGGGUGGGGGCAUGGGCCCUGGGCUGCCAGGCUCUGUUCUGCCCCUCAAUCUGGCCAAGAACCCGCUGUUGCCCUCACCCUUUGGGGCUGGUGGACUAGGCCUACCUGUGGUCUCUCUCCUGGGUGGUUCUGCUGGUAGCAAGGCUGAGGGGGACAAAGGUCGUGGGUCACUGCCUGCCAGGGUCCUGGGCCUAGAGGACCAUAAGCCUCCCUUGGAAAGGACGGAGCGCAGCCGCUCCCGGCCAAGCCCUGAUGGACUCCCCUUGCUACCGGGAACUGUACUGGACCUGUCCACAGGCAACUCAGCAGCCAGCAGUCCAGAGGCGCUAACUCCUGGCUGGGUGGUCAUCCCUCCAGGGUCUGUGCUGCUCAAACCAGCUGUGGUAAACUGAACCUGGGCUACCCAUCUACCAGCUGUGACAGCCCAGCUACCUACUGUGGGCUCAUCCCCUGACGAACAGAAACUAUUCUGCGAAAUAGCAAUAAUAUCCUACUGUUUCAGGGGCCCAAGUGUCUGCUUCCUGGGAAGCUGCAGCCCCAGACAAACUGGGUAGCAAGGAUGGUGCUAGCUAGGUCUUUGGUGGCUCCAGAGUGCCGACUUGGCUUGGACCUGUUGUCCAAGGAGGCCAUGUAUUGGAUGCUAAGGCCUCACUUGCCUCCAUUCCCUAGCACAUCAUUUGGGGGAGGCCUUCCUCUGCCUGUCCUCCAAGGACCCCUAGUCCUGCCUCUUGCUCUGGUACAUUCCUCUCUGUGAGCAGUCUGGGCAGGUUGUUAUUUCUCCCUGCCUUACCUACUUGUCAACUGAGAAGCCCUCAGUGAUCAUAAACCCAUGCUUGGGAAUUCCUUAGACUCCUUUCUCUCUGGCACAGCCCCGGAGGGAGAGCAAGACAGACACAGGCCAAGCUACAGGAAAAAGCUGCCUUUUCCUACCUACUGCUAUGACAAGGUGUUUCCCUGCUUACUUAGCAGAGAAGCCUGCUGCCAGUGCCCCCUUCUGCCUGCAUCAGUCAGCACUGCCAAAGGGUUGGCAACACUUUCUAAAGAAGGGGUAGCUAAGCACUCGCCUUUCCCUCGGGAGUGUACAGGCAAGUUCAAAGGAUCAUGGCACUGGUCCAGGCCAGCUUGGGUUGGCCUGGCAGGGUUAUCCUGCAGAAUCCUGGCUAUCCUGCAGUGUCUACACCAGUGGAUACCAGGCUUGGGAAGCAGCUACAGGUUUGGGGGUUACAAGUCAUGGAAUGCAGGAAGAACUGAUUCAUCAGACUGGAGCUUUCUAGAAACCACGAACUGAAGCCCAUGGGUGUGAGGGAGGCUAGGUAGCCAAGAACAGCUCUUGGAGGACCAACUGCCUGCUAGCUUGAGCGUGGACUGGACAUGUGACAAGGUUGCUUUCUUUGACUUUCCAGUUGAGUCCUUUUCUUGGUGGUGCCUCUUUUGCCCACAAGCUCUACCCAAGCCAGCUCCCCCAGGGCUUCUACUAUUCAGAAUAAGGUCUAGCACUGAUGUAGGGCUAGAAAGCCAAGGACAUUGGAGGACUGUAGUCUACAGCUCCAGAAUGUGCCAGCUUGGGCCUCUUGCUGCCCCCUGUACUAUGAUGCAGAGUGGCUAAGCUCUUCUUCCCAUCUGUACAACAAAAGAGUUGCUGGGAUGGUAGGGUCCUCAGUAGCUCUGUGGUUCCUCUGAGCAGCUUGCCUGUUUUUUCCCAGACUGCCCUUCUGUUUCAGAAGGGUCACCCUGACCUGACUUACCCGACUGCUGGGCUUAGGACCCCAGCCCUGAUAGGGCUCGGCUGUGCUGGCUCUACCCCUUGAAGGGGCUGUGAGCAAGUUAAGGAGCUGGUCUCCUGUCUUCGGGUCUACCCAUGAUCCAAGCAGCCUCUUGGCUCCAUUAGGGCCCCUAGGCCUUUCUUAGGUCCCUGGCUGAGAACUGGGUUUGAGAUUCAAGCCUGAGAGCAGAGGAACAGGGCACUGGAAGGUGACAUUAGCUCAGCAUGUGAUUCCGUGAUAGACCAGGCUUGGAAGGCCGGUGUACUUGUCAGUCUGUUGUUGCACAUUCCAGGACAUCAGUAUUUUAACAGGUUCUAAGUGCCUUUCUAUUGUAGCUUAUGUUUUUCCUCCUUUUGGCUCCAUUGCUGUUAGCAUAGAGUUUUAAAAAAAAUAAGCUAAUGACUAUAACAAUUUAUUUCCUCCAUGUGAGAGGAAGUUUAUAAAGAAACAAUAAAAGUGAGUUGCAAAGAU